AUGGAUACUAAACAAUACUCUCGAGAAUCUGAGCGGCCAGAAUAUGUCCUGCGACGCGCAGAAUUUGAGGAAAGCGAGGACGGCACUUCGUCAGCCUCGGACUCUGAAUACGCAAUCCAUACGCAGCGUGCCCAGCGGAAAUCCUAUUCGAGCAGAUCACGGGUGGUUCGAGGGAGUCAUUUAGUUCAGAAACAAGUUGAUCUUGCGGAGCUCCGAAGACGCCAGAAUGGAGAAAUGGAGCACCUCUCUCAUGAGCCGAGUAUUAAAUGGCGCGCUAAGCUCUUUCACAGAGAGGACGUACAAGAUGUUGAUGAUCUGAAGCAUCCGAUUUUCGUAUUAUUGGAUGAUCGACCGCUUGACCUUUCCGUUGACACGACUCCAAGCCAGCCGCACCCCGACGCAGUGGCGUGGAAGGGUGGGCCUGUCAUAACAAUUGAGGUCUUUGUGGAGACUGAUCUCAUGCCACACGAAAUACCGGAGAUUACGAAUGAUCCGCAGACUGAUCAGUUGGCCCUGAGAACUGUGUCCAGGAGACAUCUGGUGGUUAACUCUCCGUUUCUAGCUAAGGGACUUCGGGAAGUUGUCCAGUACUACCCAUCGUUCCACUCCCCGACGAAGACACCGGGUAUUCCAGAGCCUUAUGCCGUUCUGCUCCAUCACUUUGACGCUAUCGAAGCCAUGGCGGGUUCCCCCGUCUCUGGAACGAAGUGCAUGAGCCCCCACGAUGACAACCAAGAAGAGAGUGACCUGAUUGAGAAACACAUGCAAAUUUUGCUCGAAUUCCUGAGACCCAUCCACGAAGAGCGCAUAGUGAAAUGUGAAGAUUAUCUGUCCGAAUCUACUCCCCGGGUGGCUUUUGACAUGAUUUGGUAUCUUCUGAAACCGGGGAUAGAUGUCUAUAUUCAUAUCGACGGAUCGCCACAGGCCGCCGUGAUCAGAGAUGUGAAGCGCAGUGGAGGUCCUUUAUCGAUAGUCUGGGGGCCUGAGACUUCAGAUAUGUGGGUGAUCAGCUUGUGGCGAUUGGGAACUGAUGGCUCGAGAAUCCGGCGAAGCCCAAUCACGGCAUUUGUUAGCUUUUAUACUGGUCUACGGGAGGUAAAAUCUCUUGCAGUCUGUCCAUGUGCUAUCUGGGAUGCCCAUGACAGCGGUGAACGACGCAAGGAUAUCUUACGCCGCAGUGAAACCCUGUUCAGAUCGCUGCGUCAGGGAAAUCUCCUCGUGGACUAUAAUGGGCCCAUCGAAGGAAGCAACGAAUGGUAUACUGGGAAACUAGUGAUUGACCACCGGAAAGGGCAGGAGGAGCAUGGCCACGAUCGGGAACAGGUCCACGACUAUUCUGAUCGUUUCAGAGACUAUGAUAGUAUUCUAGUCAACAACGAUAGGUCUUUCAAGAUCAGGCAAGACGAUCAAGGAUGGAUUUUCCUUCAGGAAUCUAGAGUACAUGUUCCUAAGCGCCCCAGUAAUGAGGCUGUCACGCAUUAUAGAUACGAGAGGGAACGAUUGCGGCCAGCUCCUGCAGUUGAGGUCAAUGACCCAAAUACUGAUGAGAUCAAUGCUUCUGUUGUGGACGAACUUACCGAACAUCAAUUGCUAUUGUUAUGUCCCCAAGCGCUGGCAUUUGCGCUAAAACACAAACAAUGGAUUCAGAUCUCAUUGGAUCACGUUCAAGAAUCUGUGCCGUCAAAUGAGAGUAUCUCCAACCUUGUGAUCGGAGAAGCCGAGUUGAAAACCAUUCAGGCUCUUUCAAACCGCCAAAAUAGUAAGGUCAAACACUGGUCAGCGGACUUUAUUGAGGGAAAGGGAUCGGGGCAAAUCAUAUUACUGCACGGACCUCCCGGUGUAGGCAAGACCUACACAGUCGAGGCCAUUUCUGAGUGGCUACAUCGGCCGCUUCUUGCACUAACAGUCGCUGACAUCGGCACGGUCGAAACUCUUGUCGAAAGCGAACUUUUAAAGUGGUUUAACCUCGCAGAAGCCUGGAAUGCCGUACUUCUCGUCGAUGAAGCCGAUAUCUUCCUUGAACGACGACAAAAUCGAGAUCUGGCCCGAAAUGGCUUGGUAUCAGCCUUCCUUCGUCGAAUGGAGUACUUCAAAGGCUUCCUCUUCCUGACCACCAAUCGCGUGGGCCAAAUCGACGACGCUUUUAUAUCCCGUGUCCACAUUGCAAUUGGAUACCCAUCCCUCAACGAAGAUGCACGUCGCCAGGUCUGGAACGGCUUUUUCAAGAAACUCGUUCGCGAUCGAGCGGGCAAGAUCCAGAUCGCCCCCGAUGCAAAGGCAUGGGUUCUGGAGACUGCGGGCGAGACGCAGCUCAAUGGGCGGGAUAUCCGUAAUGCCUUGCAAACGGCGAUCACACUGGCAGAGUUUGAGAGUGAAGAGGACCCUGAUUAUGAUGAGAACUUGGUGACGAUUGUCACUAAAGCCCAUUUCCAGAAGGUACUGGAUAUGUGUAAUCGGUUCCGUACCUACGUGACGAGUAUUCGGCGAGAAGACGAGAGAAAGAGGGCCCAGGGACGCGGUGAUCGGAAUGAUUAUGGCCGUGGAACUGCCAAUGAGAUGGAAGGGCUCUUGGACCUUUCUAACACGAUUGCCCGGUAAGAAGAAGUCGGGGCUGUCCAAUAGAGGCAAAUGGACUCCAGUCACUUGGCAGUGGAAAUUAGAAUGAUGGAUGCAUAUGUGACUUCCCAAGACGACUGAGCCUCAAGCCUACUGUGUAGAACCCCAAAUACACAUGCAAAUGAUCAAUUGGCGGGGUCUGAGGCAUGGUUGGUCAUCCCCUCG